AAAUCUCGAAGAUCUUUUUGGGCUAAAACGAUAUACGAUUUCGAUAACCAGUAAUUUGUAAACAUUAUUGCAUUGAUGUUCUGGUCACACUGCUGCUAAGGGAAACAGACGACAACAACGAAUUGUGAAAAUAUUUUUAAGUUUUAAUACUACGCAUAUUUAAGAUAAAAACUCGACAAUAUGGGCAAAGGAUUUAAUAACUAUAUGUGUAAGAAAUUCUUCCACCCCGCCUCGAGGGAUAAUCUAAAGCGGGUAUGGAUGGCAGAGCAGCAAGCAGAGGCGUACAAAAAGAAACAAGAAGAAUUACGCACACAAUAUGAGAAAGAACAGAAUCUGCAUGAAAACAAAGCUAUGCUCAGCAAGGACAGCAAAGAUAAGCUGAGCGUAAAUUUUAUGUAUGAGCCGCCACCAGGUGUACGCAAGGAACGCGAAAAGGACGACAACGAGCCGGAGUACAAGUUUGAAUGGCAACGCAAAUACAAUGCACCUCGUGAGUCAUACUGCAAGGGCGAUACCGAAAUCAGGGAUCAGCCUUUUGGCAUUCAAGUGCGGAAUGUGCGUUGUCUCAAGUGCCACAAAUGGGGACACAUCAACACGGACAAAGAGUGCACAAUGUAUAGCAUAUCGAUGAGUGAGGCGCGCAAGCUGCAUUCCGAGUCGGAGGCAAACGAUAUGAUGUCUAAGAAUGUGCUUGAGGAGCAAAUGAAGGAGGACGGUCUUAUGAUGAAGCGUUCGGCACUGGAGCUUCAGAGCAUCAAGGACGUGCAGCAACGGCAUCAGCUAGUGCCCAGUGAUGAUGAGGACGAGACAACGCGUGCUGCUAAAGAACAAAAUCCAGAGUUGAUGUUUCUUAAGUCGCUUAGCAAAAAACAAAAGCUAAAAUUGCUUAAAAAACUCGAAAAGAUUGAGCGUAUGAAGCGCAAGGGCGUCACUAAGAAGAAAGAUCCAAGGAGAAGUAAAAAAAAAUCUAAAAAGGAUCAAAAGACUGAAAAAAAACGCAAGCACAAGAAGUCUUCAAAAAGCGACAGUGAGAGCUCGUCUUCAUCCUCAAGUUCGUCAACAGACUCGAGCUCUGACAGUGAUUCGGCUGAGCGACGCAAACGUCUGAAGAGCAAUCACCGAUCUGAGGAACGUACCAGGGAGCGACGUCCCUCACGCAGCAGAGAUAACCGGAGAAAUGAGCGUUCCCGCAGCAGGGAUAAUCACAGGAAUAAGCGCUCUCGCAGCAAUGAACACCGCCGAGACCGUGACCGCAGAGACCAUGAUAGACGCUAAUUCUUUACGCACACUUUUUAUACUGCGCCAUCAGAAGUGCCCACCCAUAAAAUUUCUACACAUUUUUAUAAGGA